AUGGAUAAAAAUUCCGUCACGGCGACAAUUCUUGGCCAACGAAAGAGGGAAAAAGUGAGUUUCUCUCGGAACAGCAGCUUUCUAUAGUUUUCAAACGAAGACCCCCAUACUUUUCCAUGCCUACUGUGAUCACUCGAUGAAGUUGAGCUCUUGUGGUGUGCCAGCCUUUGUUUGUCGUUCUCUUCGAGUCUAUCCAUUCCUCAUUGAUAUUUCAAAACAAUCCUUGACUUCAAAUUCAUUGAGGUUAUGCCUACAAUGACCAAAGACAUCCGAAGUGAGACGAUGGCACAGAAUGGCCUCCAUGGAACCAGUUCACCGAUUGCUCAGCCACGUCCAACACUGGCAACCACGAGUGGGACAGCAACAUCGGGACAAGACGAGUUUUUUACCAGUUCCGUCGCAGUCCAACACAAGCGGAAUGCUCAGGAGUCUUCUCACAGCAUGCAACAGCAACAUCAGCAACAACACCACCAACAAUUCAAGACGAGCCAAUCCUAUGCCUACAACUCGGCCUCAUCGUCUGCAUAUCAGGAGUAUGACGAAGAUCCUCAGGUCCGGAAGGUGUUAUGGCCAGCCAAUUACAAUAUCUAUCAACCGGAAAUGGCUGCAGCAGAUCCGCUCAAUGUUCACACGCCGCAAAUUAACGAGCAUAUCGACAAACCAUUGAGUUGGAUCCAAUCGGUAGCAAACAGUCACGAGCGUGUCGAAAGCAAGGAACGCGAGUAUGAGAUGGAUAUCCAGAAACGCACGUGGGAUGUUCACCUGGCCAACAAUCGGCUCUCAAGGUCAAAAUCCAGGUCCAUCCUGGAUCGAGCCAAGUCUUAUGAGAGAUCCACUAUGAAUGCCAACGAAGUGUCCAUGUCCUUGCCUGGCUCUCGCCGAGGCAGCUUCUCCAGACGUAUUCCAUCACCGGCCAUGAACGGAAGGAUUGGGCAGAAUCAGAACGACAACUUCUGGCAAACAGCCGUGGAUGGUGCGGAUAGUCGCCCGCAAUCGCGUACUGAUCAUGAUUCCCGGAAAUGGUCCAGUGUGGGCAAAUUAAACACAAGCGAUUGGGAAGAGAAGAUCAGGAACGCCAGCAAGUCCAGUCAUCAACUCCAAGGACCUCGGCGAAUUCAAUAUGAUAAAAAUCUGCCCUAUUCGGUUGGAGGAGGAAGCGUCUCCGAUCAGCAUCAAUUCCAACAGAAAAGCUCGACCUCCAAGACAAAUUCAUCAUCUUUGAACCAGUUGGCCCAAAGCUGUUCCAAAGAGGAAAUCAUCGAGCAAUGGAUGCGCCAAUCGACGACGAAUCCAGCUCCCAAAAUACGUUCCACCAAUAACGAGGACGAAAAGCCAACGGGAUCAAAACAGAGCGACGACGAGUUGAGGAGGUUCGCCUACGACAUGGCCCAAUCCAUGGUCAGCUCGAUGGAACGUACUCACAACGAGAAGAUGGGGAAUGGAAAUGCCAUUCCAAAUCAGAACGGACAAAGGGGCCAGCCAAAUCAGAGCGAGAUCCGAAGAGGCUCCAAUGAAAGUUCCUCCUCAAUGAGAUCCUAUCACACGGCCACUUCCACCAAUACCAUUCAGCAACAACAGCAACAGCAUCAGCAGCAACAUCAUCAUCAGAACUUUGAACAAACUCAGAGCAAAGAUCACGCAGAAACUGGAAUGUUCAGAGCCGUUCCCGCCCAAGCCAAUCCUGAUGUGCAAGAGGGCAAUUGGGAAAAUUGGCGAGAAAUUGCGGAGCAAAGACGUCAAGAGGAGCGGCAGCGAGCAGCUCAAAAGGCUCACCAAAGGAAAGGAACUCAGAUGCAAGAACAACAAGGAUCACCCGCCACAAAAAAUCGACAACAUCAACAAACUACGUCUUACGACCAGUAUCAAAGUAGCUCUAGUCAGCAAAUGAAACAAAAGCAUUAUUUCCAGGAACAGCAAUCAAUGAAAGAAAGACAGAUUCAGGCGAUUUAUCAACAAAAUCAGGGGCAAGGACCACAGCAAAGGAUCAUGGAGCCACAACAACAACAACAACAAACUAAUGUGAAAAUGAAGGUUGUCUCAUCCAAUGCCGGUGGCAAUGCGACGUAUCAAGACCAGAGAUCCUUGAAGGAGAAGAAACUUGCUCUUCAGCAACAAAGAGAUCAUGAAAGGCAAAUGAUGAUCACGGAGCGGAAAAGACAAGAAGAGCACCGAUUUCAUGAGCAAAGAACCCAACAGCAAAUGGAAGAAGUGAAACUUGAAGAGGAACAACGAAUUCAACAACAGAAGCUCCUGGAGGAAAGGAGAUUCCAAGAAGAGCAACUAAUCCAAAAACAAAAGAUUCAAGAGCAAAAGAGAAUCCAGGAGGAGCAAAGAAUCCAACAACAAAAGAUUCAAGAGCAAAAGAGAAUCCAGGAGGAGCAAAGAAUCCAACAACAAAAGAUUCAAGAGCAGAAAAGAAUCCAAGAGGAGCAACGAUUUCACCAACAGAAGGUUCAAGAAGAGAAGAUGAUCCAACAACAGAUAAUUGAAAAUGAAAAGAAGAUCCAUGAACAAAGGAGGAUUCAAGAGCAGGCAUAUUUUGAAGAACAGCAACGAUUGGAAGAAACCAGAUUUAGAGAGCAAAAGAAACGAUUUGAAGAGCAAAUGAGAAUGGAGGAACAACGGAAACAAACCGAGCAGGAUAUGGUGAUUCGACAACAGAGAGAGCGGUUUGAGGCCGAAAGAAAAAAAUAUGAAUAUUCUUUAGCGAAUAAUCACCAGUUUUCGAGACAGGAAGAAAAACAUCUUUCCAAGCAAUUUGAACAACAAUCCUUCCAAGCGGCGGAACCAAAGACCAGACGAGCACCGAAGGUCAAGCUUCAAAAGGCCCAAUCGUUCAAUCAAGAAGAUAUGGAGAGUCUGAAAACGGACCACUUUGCCAAUAUAAAGACCGGACAAGUGAACGAAAAGAGACACUUUUGGAUGAGAUCUUCGUCCAAUGAGCGUCUAAAUGAGCAACGAUUUCAAAGUCCAGGACCUCGUAGGCGAUGGAUUGGCGAGAAGGAUUGGAUCCGUCAACAAGCCUUGAAGAAUCUGGACAAUUCAAGUCCCCAAGGGUCAUCAUUUAGCCACGCCACAGAUUUUGGAAAUGUUAAGCACGUGGCCAAAGAUUGGACUAACAUCGUCAAAUCUAAAUCAAGCACAGCCAUCCUUCAGGACAACUACGAGUCUAGGUCAAGGCCUGGAAGCAGCCUUUCAAAGCCAGUUCCCUCUUGGUUGAGAGAAGAUCAAGCCUCAGAUUCAACUUUGCACCUGACUCGAGAUAUUCACACGAACCAAGUGAAGGAGACCGUCGAGGCAUGGCCUUCCAAGUCUAGAGAGAGUUCUCAACAACCUCACAGUGGAAGAUCUACGCCAGCCCCCACCAGACACAUUGGAGAGAGCUUUGCAGAUAACCGAAUCGCCAAAGACGGGAAAGUGGAAUUGAGGUAUGAGAGCGCUCCUACUAAGGCGAGCAAAGUUCAACCUGGAAACGCACUAGAGCCUUCGCUGAAAUUGGUUAACGUGGCCGUUAUGAGGGUCAAGCAUGAGGAUCAGGAUAAAAUCAAGUUUUCGCAUACUGCUCAAGAGCAAAUGAAAAGUUUCACUUCAUCCGAGACCAAAGCCACCAUAAGCAAUCCCAGUAGCAAUACGUUUCAGGAACAAAAGCACUCCUCUGAUUUUACUCCGUUAAGGAAAUUAGGCACUAAAGAAACUAUUCCCGAGCCAAUAAGACACACUCAAACCAUUCAAGAGCCUAACAAUAAAAUUCAACCUGUAAUUCCAUUUGGAACCACCUCGUCAAAGUCUACUCAGAACUACAAUUCGCAAGAACAUUUUCAGCACAUGACAGCUAAACAACACACAGCAAAGGCCGAAAAGUUUUCGUUGAACACACCAGAUUUUGUUCAUAAGGAACAAAUUGAUGGCACGAAAUCAGGUGGAUAUCGGUUUGAAGCUCCUCGCAGUUCCAAUAUUCCGACAAGUAAUAGCCAGGAAAACAACGAACAAAGACAACUUCCGACAAGGCCCAAUGAAGAGCAAAGGGAUGAGCACAUUUUGGCCAAUUCUUUCAAAUCCUCGGUAUCCAAGAGUUCCAAGACCGACGCUCAACAAACUGCAACACAAAACCAAUGGACAACAAAGACGAGCGUAUCAAAACCUCAAGAGCCCAGAGAGUCCUUUUUUGAGCCCUCUGGUCCCACUCAACCAAUGCAAAAGCCAUUAAGGCAGUCAUUGGAACCAACCCCGACCAUGAAUAAAACAACAUCAAACUUCAGCACAGCCUCAUUCAUGCAAAAAAAUAACCAAAUGAAAAAACAGCCAAUGCAGGAUUCGAAAGUUCAUUCUGAUGGGCAGAUGUUUGCGAAACCAGAGGUUCGUCCUCAAGAGACUGCUCAUUCAAUGACAAUUAUUGAAGAUAAAAUGCAGGCUGCAGACAACUCAUCUUCCCAUUCUUAUGACAAAUCGGUUGUCAAUAUGAAUGCUGCCAAGCCGACCUUUGGGAGAACACCACCCAAAAUACCCUUUUCCAAAGGAAGAGCGGGUGAAGAUGGAACCCAAGGGAAACCUCCGGUUCCAAGUCCUAGAAUACCUUCUCCUGACAAGAGACCUCCCCCGACAAUGCCCAAGCCAAAAAUGCAGCCUGUUGUUCCAUUGAAUGUGGCCAACAAGAAUUUGGAACCACAAAAUGGCCUGCCAAUGCCAGUGUCACAAUCCUGGUUCGAUGCUUCAGCAGAGGCUUCUGAAGUCAGUUCCACUUCAUCAUUUGGGCACUUUGAGCAAAUCGCCCCGCCCCAAGGGACGAACAAGACUCCCAUUCCUGUAUUGGCGGGAUGGUUUGAUGAAGAGCAAAGAAAGGGCAAACCCCAAAGCAACGAAUCGCUCAAACAUAAACCCCAAACUCAAAGAGGUGCUCAAGCUCCCAUCCCACCGCCACCACCACCACCCCAAAUGAACAAGAAGGAGAAACGUGUGGAUUUUGUUGAGCCCCCGCCAUUUUCUCCUCCUCCCGAAUCUGAUAUUUCGUCUUUGAACAUUGAAGAGAUGUCUGAGGGAGGCACUGACAUUGAAGAGAUUCCAAUUCGAGGCAAUGUGAAGGGAAACAUUGCUUUGUUCCAAGAGGGAAGCACUGGAAACCGACCAAAACAAGGAGGUCAUGAGGAUUGGAAGGACUCCAUGAAAGGGUGCGUCUCCCAGUCUCGCCAAGCUUAUGUUCAGCAGACCAGCAACUUGGACAAGGAUGACAGCGAGCGUCUCGAACGACAAAAAGAAUUGGAGGAAAUCUCCAAGGCCAGGGCCCAAACUAAUUGGGACAACACAAGUCCACAUGAGGGGAGCGAAAGUCUCAAAGAUUCCCGAACUCGAGAACUGCAAGCGAUAGCGGAAUUAAGAUCGAAGAGAGCCGCAGAUGCCUGGGAAGCGGAGCGCUCCUCAGAAAAAGUUCUGGAAGCCACCAGGGACCAAAGAGCUAAAGAACUUCAAGAGAUUGCUUCCAUGCGCUCCCAGAACAACUGGGAUGAAGUCAAUGCUGAGGUCAGAGCCAAAGCCGACAGAAGUCAAGUGAUCCAGGAGCAACGGCAAAUCGACCAUGGACCAACAGAACCUUCGCCACAACCUCUCCCAAAGAACCCCAACGAUUUGGAUAUUGAUGAGAUGAUUUCCAGCUUUCAAGAUGUGGCGGCCUCUUGGCAACAACGAGAAUCCGAACCCCAAGCGCCGGCCAAUCAAACUCAAAGGGCAGAAGUUCCUAGCCGUCGGAUUGGAAACCUUUUCAAGCGCCCUCCAGCGCAAACGGGGGAGUCUCCCAAUAUUCCAUCUCCUCCCCCACGCGAAUCCAGCAAGGAUUACAUGAUGGACGUCCAUCAGCAAAAUAAGCAAAUCUAACACCAUUCAGUACCGGCAAACCAGAAGCCAUAUUAACUUAAGAGAACAUUGAUUCAGCAAUAUCUUUCUAUUUUGACCACAAUAACCCUUAAUAACGACAAGCUUCUUUACCAAAUAAAUUGUUAAAUCCUC